UACUGUGUGCACGCAGGAGCUGGUGACUUUUCUCUGGGUUCCUCUGUCACCAUUCCUGCCGGAACAACGCUUCCGACUGAUGGUUCUCAUUGUGUGGCAGUGAGCGGAACGGAAGAUACCUUAUUGGAGGGAGAUGAAGCGUUUGGGGCUAGAAUCAGUGGGACAGACCAAAGUGCCGUUGUUUCUGUUGGAGCAUCAGACACUGCCACCGUUACAAUCACUGAUAACGAUGCUGGGGAGGUUGAGGUGGCUGCAGCUUCUGUUGGUAUCACUGAAGGUGGAGCAGCCGGCUCAGUGUGUGUGGUAUUGACGGGAACAACUGGCUCUCCUACUGAACUUGCUAAUGCACUUGCAGUCUCUGUGACAUCUGUGCUGAAUGCCGAAGCAGGAGCUGGUGACUUUUCUCUGGGUUCGUCUGUCACCAUUCCUGCCGGAACAACGCUUCCGACUGAUGGCUCUCAUUGUGUGGCAGUGAGCGGAACGGAAGAUACCUUCUUGGAGGGAGAUGAAGCAUUUGGUGCUAGAAUCACUGGGACAGACCAAAAUUCCGUCGUUUCUGUUGGAGCAUCAGACACUGCCACCGUUACAAUCACUGAUAACGAUGCUGGGGAGGUUGAGGUGGCUGCAGCUUCUGUGGGUGUCACUGAAGGUGGAGCAGCCGGCUCCAGUGUGUGUGGUAUUGACGGGAACAACUGGCUCUCCUACUGAACUUGUUAAUGCACUUGCAGUCUCUGUGACAUCUGUGCUAAAUGCCGAAGCAGGAGCUGGUGACUUUUCUCUUGGUUCGUCUGUCACCAUUGCUGCCGGAACAACGCUUCCGACUGAUGGCUCUCAUUGUGUGGCAGUGAGCGGAACGGAAGAUACCUUAUUGGAGGGAGAUGAAGCGUUUGGGGCUAGAAUCAGUGGGACGGACCAAACUGUCGUAGUUUCUGUUGGAGCAUCAGACACUACCACCAUUACAAUCACUGAUAACGAAGCUGGGGAGGUAGAGGUGGCUGCAGCUUCUGUGGGUAUCACUGAAAGUGGAGCAGCCGGCUCCGUGUGUGUGGUAUUGACCGGAACAACUGGCUCUCCUACUGAACUUGCUAAUGCACUUGCAGUCUCUGUGACAUCUGUGCUGAAUGCCGAAGCAGG